AAGUCUCUAAGUUGACAGCUAUUUAGCCUAUUACAGUCUAUAAUAUGAUGGUAGCGUAGGCUACUCUUUUCGUUGGUGAACAUUGACAGUGCAUCACUUCAGGAUGACAAACCUCCAAUGGUCCUUUUUUGUCUUCUUACAGAUCUGCUGGAAUGUCCUCUUUGUUUCGAACCCCUCGAUGUGACAGCUAAGGUACUGCCGUGCCAGCACACGUUCUGCAAGCCCUGCCUUCAGCGUCAAGAAGAGUCAUCGCGCUCGGCCCUGAGUUGCCCGGAGUGUCGGUCUCCCGUAGCGGGGACAGUGGAGGAGCUGCCCACUAAUCCGCUGUUAGUCAGACUUCUGGAGGGGUUUCAACAUGGACCACUAGGACCAGGAACAGACAAGGGACACGUGGAACGCGCCCCACGCCAAGGGGACCGGGACACGCAGUCACGCCAAUACACGCAAGAGCUGGAAUCUGACAGGGUCUACUCAAAAGUCAGGAGCAGCAGCAGCCAACAGCACGAUAAGUCUAAAUCUGGAGAUCGCAACAUGAAAUCUGGCGAUGCCAUGGGUGGGGGGCGAAGAGAGGAUGAAAACAGGCGUUAUGCGGAUGUAAAGGCGGGUGUUGGCCUUCAGCUGGCUAACAACACGCAGCAGCAGUUGCCCCUAUGCACAGCCCUGUGUGACUUUGACGUGACAGACCUGGACCCACAGGACUUCAAAGAUUGCUUGACCUUCCUCAAGGGAGACAUCAUUACGGUCCUUCACCGAGUGGACAACAACUGGGUCGAAGGGCAGUUGGAGGACAAAGUUGGGAUAUUUCCUCUGCAGUUCACAGAGCUCAACUCCGUGGCGAGCCAGCUCCUGGAGAGACGGAGGGAGCAGGGAGACUCGUCGGCGGACUCGUGGCCUCAGACGACCGGGCGGAGGAGAAGCGGCGGCGGCGGCGGCGGCAGCGGGCACGAACACGGAGCGGCAACCGGCGCGGCGUCCGUCCUACGCCAAGCCUCGCUGUCGGCACCGCACGGACCAGCUGCUCCUAGGCCUCCCGCCUCACCCUCCUCAACAGUCUGA